AAUGGUUAUAAUCGAAAAGAAGUAUCAUAUUUUUGUCCCGUAGCGAGUUUAGUAUUUUUUACACUUCGAUUCCAUAAUACAUUCUGAAGUGAACAAUCCUCUUAUAAAAGCGAAGGCUAGUGUGAGAAACGAUCUCAGUUGUGAAUGAUCUGUGCUCGCGUCAAAGUCAAUGUACUUUGUGUUAGAAAAAUGGAAAGUGUACUUAAUGUGGGAAGUGAAGAAUAUAAGGCAAGCACAGAACCGGGUCAGAGUCCAUUGAAAGUUCACUUGAAGAGUUUGUGGUACUUUUAUCACUUUUGGUUAGCAGUUGUGUUGGGAACUUUUCAGACCAUCUUUGAAUUUUUCACCGAUUGGCAUAGUGAAAAGAAGUUUGAUGGACAAGUAGUGUUAGUUACAGGUGGUGGAAAUGGUCUGGGAAGGGCAAUUUGUAUGGAAUUAGUGAAAGAAAAGUGCAAAAUUGCCAUUGCUGAUGUUGAUAUUAAGGCGGCCGAGAAAACAGCAAUUGAACUCCAGUCAUUGGGAAUUAUAGCCAAGGCUUACAAAGCGGAUGUUUCGAUUUAUGAUGAGGUUCUUGAUCUACGGUCCCAAAUUCAGAAUGACUUUGGAACUGUUGAUGUGCUUAUUAACAAUGCAGGACUUGUGUGCAAAAUCUCACUGUCCGAAGGAACCCCUCAGGACAUUCAGAAAGUGAUAAAUGUAAAUAUUGCGUCUAAUUUUUGGACCACGAGGAUCUUUCUUAAAGACAUGAUAGCUCGGAAACGAGGUCACAUCGUGGGAGUGUCAUCAAUGUUCGGCAUACUCCCUAGUGGACGAUCAAUUCUCUACAACACCACAAAGUACGCUGUUCGGGGAUUCAUGUCGUGUCUGAAUGAGGAAAUUCGCAUGAAUAAAUUGUCUAGACAGAUAAAAACCACAACAGUUUACCCACUAUUCAUCACCACACGUGAUGAUCUUAUAAGAACCUUAGCUCAUAUCAAAAUGCUGGACAAAACCGUGGUCAUGCCGUCCGAAUAUGCAGCCACACUGAUCGUCAAAGCGAUUAAGCAAGAGAAGCUUCACGCAUCAAUUCCUCAUGGAUUUUACACAAUGUCGGGCAUACUUGCAAUUCUACCAAGGCGAAUUCUUGAAAAAUAUUUUGACGCAGUAAUUGGUGAUAUUCCACAGACUUUUUGAGAAUAUUGUAUAAUAGGCACUAAAUGCAAAAGUU